UUCACUUCAUUUCCUUUCCACACUUCGAGAAUUUGCCGCAUUGUAUUCGUUUUAAACUGUACAAAUCGAGCUAUUAAAAGAAUUUUCGAGAUGCCUCAAGCGCGCCGCAAGACGCCGUUUAGCGGCAAAGCGAAGAAGCAGCAGCUACAGUUUAAGAAGCAGAAUAAAACUCUGUUACUCUCCACCACAUCAGGCGAGUCGGCUCAGGAUGUGGUGUCCGUCAACUACCAGCCAUCGAGAGGUGGCGGCGGUGGCAGGGACCAGAACAGAUAUGCUCUCAAGUUCUACCGAGAGAGCGAAGCGGAGCUUAAUAUGAAGAAGGAAAAUGCUUUGAAAGCCUUAAACCCGGUUCAAGAGUCAGAGCUAGAGGUGGACCCACAUGACUACUUCCCUGAAGACUUGGCGUUCCCGAAACGCCCCCCGUGGGACUUCAAUAUGUCACCUGCUCAACUCGACGCUCAGGAACACAGAUAUUUCACGGAGUACAUAAACGCCCUCCAGGCUACUGACUACUGGAAACAGAUGUCCUACUUCGAACUGAACCUGGAGACCUGGAGGCAACUCUGGAGAGUUUUGGAGAUGUGUGAUAUCCUGCUACUCAUUGUUGAUGUUAGAUUUGCGGGCAUGAUGUUCCCCCCUUCCCUCUACAAACACGUCAUGGACCAGCAAAAGUCCAUGAUCCUGGUCCUCAACAAGGUGGACUUAGUGCCCGCAGCUGCAGUCGUUGCCUGGAAGAAAUACCUGAUGGAAGCGUACCCUGGACUCAAAGUUGUGUACUUUACAUCUUGCCCGGGGUACAAUUUGAAUGGGGCGACUAGUGACAAAGCAGGGCUCCAAGUUCGCCGACGUCGCGGCCGCCAACGCAUGUGCGCAGAGGGCGCCACCAAGCUCCUAGAGGCUUGUAAAGAGCUGGCGGGCACUGAGGUGGACCUCAGCUCUUGGGAGAAGAAGAUUAAAGAGGAAACUGAUGUGGAGUUCGAUUAUGAUGACCAAGCUGAAGUGGGCGAGACAAUUCUUCAAGAAGCUGACACCACUUACUACAAACACGAGAAGUACAAGAGCGGUGUCCUAACCAUAGGCUGCGUGGGUCAGCCCAACGUGGGCAAGUCUUCGCUCAUGAACGCGAUCAUGGGCCGUAAGGUGGUCUCGGUCUCCAAGACCCCGGGGCACACGAAGCACUUUCAGACCAUAUUCCUUACGCCACAGGUUCGUCUCUGCGAUUGCCCAGGCCUGGUGUUCCCUUCACUAGUCCCGCGGCCAGUGCAGAUCCUCAUGGGAGCCUACCCCAUAGCACAGCUACGGGAGCCCUAUACCACCAUCAGAUAUCUCGGCGAGAGGCUAGACCUCCCAUCGCUGCUCCGCAUAGACCACCCAGAGAAUGACGAUUCGUGGUCUCCGAGGGAUAUCUGUGACGGAUGGGCUAAGAAGAAAGGCUAUCUCACCGCUAAAGCUGCUAGGUUGGAUACGUAUAGAGCGGCGAACAGUCUUCUCCGCAUGGCUCUAGAUGGAAAGAUCUGCCUUUGGCUUAGACCGCCCGGAUUCACUGCUAACAAAGAGUCGUUUGAAACCGCCGACGAGCUAAAAUACGUGAAAUGGGUGCAACAACUCACAUCGGAAUCAGUACAGCCGGCUACAAGCGAAUCGUCAGAAGAGACAGACACACAGACGGACGCGGAUGACAGCGACAGUAGCGGGGUGGAAGACAUCGCUAUUGCUAAUAAGUUCGCCGCUUUGGGCAACGAUAUGUAGAUUUUUAUAAUAGGGUCCUUGACCUUGAUCAGGCGAAAAAAAAAGAAACAGAAAAUGAAAUAUUUAUUUUUCAAGUAGGCAUAUUAUAAUGCGCAUAUGGACAUCAAAUAA